CUUGUCCUUGCUUAGGUGAUCAGGGUUAGGCCAAUAGAGUGCUGUCAGCAAUGUGCACAGGACUCCUCCCCAGACUACUUCUAGGCGCCUAGGUGGCUGUCAGCUCAAUCUCAUUGCUGCCCUUCUUGCUGCUUGUCCUAUUUGUAAAGCUACUGCUCCCCUUGUGCUGAUUUGGCCAGCGUGCGCUCAAGCAGAGUGCGUGAGCUGUCAUGUUUCGCUACCUCUUAAGCCUACCUCUCAAGCUGCUCUUCUCCUUCCUGCGCUUGGUUUCUGGCUCAAAGCCCUAUAGAAACCUCACUGCUGACGACGCGUCACGCAACUACAUCCAAACGCUUGAAACAGCACAAAGCGAGGAGCAUCUUCCCUUACUCACCACAUCGUACUUAAAAGCAGUCGAGCAAGCCAAGCGGGAACUCAAAUUUCUCCUCGUCGUUUUGACUUCAAGUCACCAUGACGACUCGUCUGCUUGCAAGUCUCAAAUUCUGUGUUCCACUGCACUUCGAUCAUUUGUGCAAGAUCAUCAGAUCCUUUGUUGGGCCGGUGAUGCUGCUGAGAAUGAAGGAUUCCACACGGCAAGCAGUCUAGGGGCUACUCGGUUUCCCUUUUUUGCCGUCUUGGUCUACAACACACUUCGCUCGCCAGCCGGUGUGUCGACAGUCUGUAGAGUUGAAGGUCUCGUGGAAGCAGCGGUUCUCAUUGAAACCCUGACAGAAGCAAUCGAUCGAUUCGAACCAACCCUCAUUGCAGCACGUCUCGACCAGCGCGAACAGAAUGCAUCGAGGGAGAUUCGCAGGGAACAAGAUUCAGCAUAUGAACGAUCCCUUGCUGCUGAUCGUAGGCGUGCAGAAGAGGCAAGGCUAGCGGAAGAGAGGAAAGCGAGGGAAUUGGCUGCCGCACUUGAAGCGACACGACAACGUGCUGUGUAUCGUGUUUGGAGGCAUGCAAAGAUCUUGCCUGAACCUACAAGUGGCGAGCAUGUUGCGCGUGUCAGUUUUAGACUGCCGGAUGGGUCUCGCAUUGUUCGCAAGUUUGAUGCACAGUGUCCUGUGGAGGAGCUGUAUGCGUUUGUGGAUGCAAAGAUCAAUCCUGUGUCAGUUGAAGAACGAGAACAGGCGGGCGACAGUCCAAGCGGACCUGCAGAAGGCAAUUAUCGCUACUCUUUCACGCUGGCGGUACCAAUGCCUAGAAAACUAGUGGACUGUGCACAGGAUGCCAAGAUUAUUGAUCAGCGAGAGGUCUUCCCGAGUGGUAGCUUGAUUGUGGAAGCCUUGGAAGAAGAAGAGGCAACCUCCCCAUAGUACGCACAGGAAGCUACGAAUGAUACAUGAAAGAUGAAUAAAGAAGGACCUUGAA